GGGGGGGGGGGGUGGUGGUGUUCGAGCUGGGGAUGACGUCGGACGGCGCGACGUCGUCGGCGACGUCCAGGAGGAAGCCGUCGUGGCGGGAGAGGGAGAACAACCGGAGGAGGGAGCGGCGGCGGAGGGCCGUCGCCGCCAAGAUAUACACGGGCCUCCGGGCGCAGGGGAACUACAACCUGCCCAAGCACUGCGACAACAACGAAGUGCUCAAGGCCCUGUGCGCCGAGGCCGGGUGGGUGGUCGACGAGGACGGCACCACCUAUCGCAAGGGAUGUAGGCCGCCCCCAAUUGACAUACCGGGAAGCUCGUACCGAGGCACACCAUACUCUUCGCAAAACCCUAGUCCGCUUUCUUCUUCCUUCCCGAGCCCGAUACCGUCCUAUCAAGUCAGCCCCUCAUCUUCGUCCUUUCCCAGCCCCACUCGAAUUGAAAAUAAUGCCGCUUCCAACCUCCUUCCCUUUCUCUGUAAUGCCAUUCCUUCAUCUCUCCCUCCCCUCCGCAUCUCGAACAGCGCCCCUGUCACCCCUCCGCUCUCAUCUCCAACAUCUAGAAAUCUGAAACCUAUUCCUAUCUGGGAGACCAUCACGAAGCAGUCAAUGGCUGCUUUCAAUUACCCUAUAUUCGCCGCCUCUGCCCCUGCAAGCCCAACCCGCAACCGUCGUGUACCUCCAGCUACUAUACCGGAGUGCGACGAAUCUGAUACUUCGACCGUGGAUUCUGGCCAAUGGAUCAACUUCCAGAGAUUUGCGCCGCCUCAAAUUCCAACCUCUCCAACCUAUAAUCUCGUGAAACCCACUAUGCCACAGAAUUCCCUCAAAGAUGCUGGUAAAGAGCAGGAAAGAGGUUCCGAUUUCGAAUUCAUGAGAGGACAGGUGAAGCCAUGGGAAGGGGAGAGGAUUCAUGAGGUGGGAUUGGACGAUCUUGAGCUCACUCUUGGGAGCACGAAGAAUAGAAGUUGAAGCUCGAAGGCCAACCAUGUAUGUGGAAAGACUACUGAUGGAAGUGUAAGAUCAAAGCUGCAAACGCAAUAGAUCCUUACUCUAGCUUGUAGUUCAUUCAGCUCCAUGUCAUAGUUUACUUGUCAUUUUGUAAACAUGCCUCCGGUUGCCAAAAUUUUCAUUUUAUCUGAAAUAUGUUCAGUUUCAUUCUUUUCAUACUCA